UUAUCUCAUGCUGAAAACAUGAAGGCAUUGAAUUCACCAAUUCCCUUAUAUAAAUUAUCAUUUUUCCAUACCAUAAGAAUCAAUAUUAGAUAAACAUGGCGCAAGAGAAUGAAGAAUACAUUUUCACAAGUUGUUAUCCGACGGUACCAGUGUCUGAUCUCACCUUACCGGAAUUUGUUCUUCAAGGGUCGGAGCUAUAUGCAAACAAUGUCGCAUUUGUGGAUGUCGAAAAUGGAAAGAGUUAUACUCAUGGGGAUGUUUUGAGAGAAACCAAGAGGUUCACCAAGGCCCUUAAAUCAGUGGGGUUGAGGAAAGGCCAAGUGGUAGUGGUUGUUCUUCCUAAUGUGCCUGAGUAUGCAAUUGUGGCGCUAGGAAUUAUGGAAGCGGGAGGUGUAUUUUCUGGAGCCAAUCCUUCAGCACAUGAAACUGAGAUUAAAAAUCAAGUGGAGGUUGCAGAUGCCAAGCUUAUAGUUACAGACGCCGCUCACCAUGAAAAGGUGAAAGCUUUGGAGAUGCCGGUCAUCAUUCUAGGGGAGCAACGAGUGGAAAACACGAUUUACUGGGAAGAACUCCUUGAAGCAUCUGAUAGAACCGGAAGUGCGUGUCUAUCGAACCAAGAACCAGUCCACCAGAACGACCUAUGCGCCCUGCCUUUCUCCUCUGGGACGACAGGAAUGGCCAAAGGUGUAAUGUUAACCCAUGGCAACCUUGUAGCCAAUCUAUGCUCCACCCUCUUUGGCAUCGAUCAACAACUCAUUGGGCAAAUCACUAUUCUAGGGUUAAUGCCAUUUUUCCACAUUUAUGGUUUGACUGGAAUUUGUUGCGCAACAAUAAGGAACAAAGGGAAAGUUGUGGUAAUGGGAAGGUAUAGAGCCGACACUUUUCUUAAGUGUUUGGUUGAACAUGACGUGACUUUUGCUCCCGUGGUGCCAGCCAUUGUCGCCGAUAUGGCCAAGAAUCAGAUUUUUGAGGAAGUUGGGAAGUUGGUGAAGCUCCGAUCUAUCAUGACAGCAGCCGCUCCUCUAGCACCAGAAGUGCUCUCUUCGUUUAAGCGAAGGUUUCCUCUUAUUGAAGUCCAAGAAGCCUAUGGAAUGACAGAGCACAGCUGCAUUACACUCACGCAUGGGAUCGAUGGCAUUAAAGCAAAGAAGGGUUCGGUUGGAUUUAUCCUGCCAAAUCUACAGGUGAAGUUUGUCAAUCCCACCACAGGUACUUCCCUUACCAAGAAUACCAAUGGUGAACUAUGUGUAAGAAGCAAGUGUGUUAUGCAAGGAUACUAUAGGAAUGAAGAAGCAACUGCUGAGACCAUAGAUGAAAAUGGAUGGCUUCAUACAGGGGAUAUUGGGUAUAUUGAUGAUGAUGGAAAUGUCUUCAUUGUUGAUCGCAUUAAAGAGCUCAUCAAAUACAAAGGCUUCCAAGUUGCACCAGCUCACUUAGAGGCUGUCCUUCUAACCCAUCCAUCCAUUGAAGAUGCCGCUGUUGUGCCGUUGCCAGAUGAAGAAGCAGGGGAGAUACCAGCAGCUUGUGUGGUGGUGAAAUUAAAUGCCAAAGAGACAAGAGAGGAGGAUGUGAUCGAGUAUGUGGCUGCUCAUGUAUCAACCUACGAGAAAGUGAGGGUGGUUCACUUCGUUGAUAAUAUUCCUAGGUCAGCAUCAGGAAAAAUACUCAGACGGAUCCUUAAAGAUGAUAUGCUUAAAAAGAUUAACCGGAUAAACUGAUUUUAAUAAUCCUGUUGCAUGCCUUGUCAGUCUACAAAAUGCCUAAAAAAUAACAACACUCGUCUCCUGCAUGCUAGUGGAUACAUGUUAAUUUACAACAAGAGAGCUCAAGUAAUUAAAAU